AUGCUGUCCCUCAUGCAACUCGGGAUUAUAUCAGUGCUGGGGUGGUUGGCCUUCAAGGUCUUAUCCAUCGGAAAGCGUGAAGCUAAUCUACCACCGGGCCCACCCACAAUCCCCGUGCUAGGAAACAUCCAUCUACUCCCUCGUAAAUUUAUGUUUGUGAAGUUCUCGGAAUGGGCCAAGGAAUACGGCGGAAUAUUCUCUUUGAAGAUUGCCAACAGCACAAUGAUUGUGCUCUCCGAUAUGAGAGCAGUGAAGGAAAUUCUGGAUGAUCAUAGCAUUGAGACGUCGUCGCGUCCAUUCUUCUACGCGUUGGAGGCUGUUACAAAUGGAAAGUUUUUUCUACUGGCAUCGUCUGAUAACGAAUCAUGGAAAGUUGGAAGAAAGCUUACACAGCUAUUCAUGACCUCACAGGCGGCGCACUCACAUGCACGAAUUGCGGAGCAAGAGUCCAUCCAAUUACUGCACGAUAUACUAGAAAGCCCAUUGGAUAUAUGCCAACACUUUACAAGAUACACGUUCUCUGCCAUCACCUCUCUAACGUUUGGAAGACGAGAGCCAAACCACGAUUCCCCAAAAAUCAGAGAGUUUGCGGAUUAUAUUAGAAACUUUACUAACACUAUAUCUCCAGAAGCCGCCCCGGUAGAUCUUAUCCCAAUUCUGAAGUAUAUUCCGGAGAGAUUUGCGCCAUGGAAGAGGCUCUGGAAGGUGACGCAGGCACAGCAGCAGGCGCUAUAUUACUCGCUCCUUGAAUACACUGAAAGCAAAGUUCGGGGUGGAAAUGGAAGCGGGAGUUUUGUUGAGACGUUACUGGAGAAACAGGCAGAGCUAAAACUUAGUCGUGACAUGAUUGCGUAUAUUGCAGGUGUUUUGAUGGAUGGUGGCACAGAAUCAACGGCAACAACCUUACAAUCAUUAAUCCUCUGCCUCGUGAAAUCUCCUGCUUCUUACCGUAAGGCACAAGAAGAAAUCGACAGGGUCGUAGGUAAUGGGAGACUUCCUGUGGCAAGCGAUAUCAACAAUCUACCGUACAUACAAGCAAUUCUGAAAGAGAUACAGCGUCUCAGACCCGCUGGCCCAACUGGCAUUCCCCAUGCCGCUACAAAGAAUCUUCAGUACGGUGAAUAUAUUAUACCCAAAGGCGUUCCAAUUAUGAUCAAUGUUUGGGGAAUACUUAACGAUCCUGACCUCUAUGAGCGUCCAGAUGAGUUUUGGCCCGAGCGUUAUAUGAUUGCUCCGGACGGCACAAAACCAGACAUAGAAAAAGAAUAUAGCAUUCGCGCAUCACUCCCAUUUGGAAGUGGAAAGCGACUUUGCCCAGGAAUCCAUUUUGCUAACAUGAACCUGAACAUGGCGACAAUGCGUUUUAUAUGGGCAUUCAAUCUAACCGCCUUUGAUGAACAAGCCACAUCAACGGAUAUUUGGGACUUUCAAGAAGAAUAUCUUGGUGGCGUGACCUUUACACCAAAACCAUUUCAGUGUAAGAUCACUCCUCGGAGCGAAGAAAGGAAACAGAUGAUUAUGGCUUCUUAUGAGGCAUCUCUGAAUUAG